CCAUACAGUGACCCAGUCACGCUGCUGGCCGCCCAAGGACCGCCCGACGACGUGUGGGCACACACGCCCGCGCCCGCUGCCGUGAGCGCGACGCCCGAGCCCGCGCCCGCCACGCCGCCAAAGGGCAAAGAGAAGGCGGCCAAGGGCCCGCUGAGGCUGCUGGACCUGCCCGUCGACAUCCUCAAGGAAAUCAUCCACCAGCUCCCGCACACAAACGACUUGACGUCGCUGUGCCUCUGCCACUCGGCCCUCCACCGCCUCACCAUCCCGUGCAUCUACUCGCGCUUCGACAUUGUAUGGCCCGACGAGAGCACCCACAACGAGCCGCGUGCCGGCGUCGACGCCCUCACGUACGGCCUGGCUACGCUGGUCAUGGGCGACGACUGCUUCCCCCACCAGCACCGCUUGCGACUGCAGGGACAGACGCCCACGUCGCUGCUCAGGACCGCCGCCAACCCCUACCCCGUGCCCCAGCGCCGGUUCGGAAACUACUAUGGCCAGUUCACCAAGAAAUUCUCGCUGGGCAACGGGCCGCAGGCAUGGGUCCAGGAGUACAUGAUCACGAAAGAGGGGGGCAAGAUGCUGGGCACUCUGGUUGCGCUGGCCAUUGCGCGCAUGGUAAAUCUCGAGACGUUUGUGUGGGACAUGCCCACAGGCGUGCUCCGUGAUGUUUGGCUGGCACUGUCGAGCCUUGCACACCGGAGCGACGGCGAAGAGUGCCGUCUCGACCGCCUGUGGAUCCGAUGGCAUGACAACACCAUCGACGCACCCGUCCCUCCGCCCGCACCGCCAAUGAUCCUCAACAACCAGACCCUGCCUCCGCCUCCGAACACGGUGCACCCGAGCGGCCUCGGCACCGUCCAGGCGCCUGUUGUCGUAGUCCCGCCAUAUGCACCCGCCAGCCUGUCUGCGCUGGAUCGAGUCGAACAUCCCACCUUCUCCGUGAUUCCCGCACUCAAGAGUCUGAGCGUCCUGGAUAUCGACGAGCUGCCGUACCUGGACGAGAUGAGCAUCCUGAUCGCCAGGUCCCAGGCGAAGCUUCGCGAACUCCGCAUCGGCAUUGCGGCUCAUGCGCAGCAGCUGCGCGUCGUCCAGCGAGGGCGAAAACGAGCGGGCAAAGUCAGCGUCGUCGGGCUGGGGCGAUGCGGGCGUGGGCGUGGGCGUGGCGGGCAGGAGCGGGGAGUCGGCCAUGGUUGCAGAGAGAGGAGAGGCCAGCACUGCCCGGCGGCGGAGGGUUGA